UGGCAACACAAGCUGCGACGCAACAGCCCGGCGUCGACAGCCAUAGCUUUUCAGAACACUUCUCCGGGUUUAACCUCAAAGAAUCAGGCAACAUGGUCAUGGGUGGAUGUGUUUGUGUUCGUGGUGGGUUGUCGGCAGCGCGAACUAGCUGAGGGGCCGGGUUAGUUAGCUGCCGAGUCUGACGAUCGUACUCAACGUUAGCUAACUGAGUUUAGCUAACUGAGAUUAGCUAACUGAGAUUAGCUAACUGAGUUUAGCUAACUGAGAUUAGCUAACCCAAAGACGCAGCAUGGGCGAUGGUAGCAUCACUCCCAGGUUCGGCAACAUGAGAGCGUUGCUUGGAAUAGUCGCCGGAGCUGGAGCCUCUUACGGGUUGUACAAACUCAUCAGCGGCGGAAGCUUCAAGAAGAACAAGAAAAGUGCUCCUGGUGUCAGGAGUCGUGAGUCCAGCGAAGUUCCCCUUCCAGCGGGCAGCCUGCUGGCCAGAGUGUCCGGACUGGAUGUCGUCUGUCCCCGACCUGUGGAUGUGGCAUCAGGGGACAGCAUCCAGCAGUCCUCUGGUAACCUGGAUCCUCAGCACUUGAAGAUGCUGCUGUCGUGUCUGGUGACCAGCAGUAAUCCACCCGACCGAUGUCGGAUACUACUUACUUUGGGGAAUUCUGCUGCCUUUACUGUGAAUCAGAAUCUUAUACGGGAAUUUGAAGGGAUUCAUAUCAUAGCUGGUUUCCUCUCUGAUCCCUUGGCAGAGGUUCGAGUGCAGACUCUGAAUGCUUUAAAUAAUCUAUGUAUGAACAUCCAAAACCAGGAACAAAUAAAGGUUUAUGUGCCACAAGUGCUGGAGCUGAUUGAGAUGUCACCAGUGGAUUCGGACCUUCAGCUUGCUGCUCUCAGGCUGCUGACCAACCUUUCCGUCACAGAUAAACACCAACACUGGCUGAAGAAAUCCAUUACACUUUUACUCUCUCUACUCGUUGUGAGCAAAGAAGCAUUACAGAUUCAGGCUUCCAAAGUCCUUGUGAAUUUGUCGUCCAAUCCAGACAUGAUGGAUGACAUUGUUCAAGCCCAGGCCCCUGCCUCGGUUGUGCUGCUGUUUGAUUCUCGGACAGCCACUGCGGUGCUUCUGCGACUGCUGACGUUUGCCGGCAACCUAAAGGCCUGGAGGCCCUCGGUACAGGUGGCUGAUGAACUGCGGCGGACUCAGGAUUGCCUCUUCCGGGUCAUGUUGGAUGAGUCUUCCCAGCUGCACAGCCGGCUGGUCCUGCUGCUUUCACACCCUGAUGUUGAGAUUCAGUCCCAGGUGGCCCGCAUCCUGACAUAGACGUUGCUCUCUGCACUCUCGAUCAACAGCUUUUGCCAAAGCCAUCGCCCAUCUCCUUCUAUUAUUUAUCUGUUGACAUUGAUCUAAUAAUAUUGAAUGCUGCAUAGCCUCCUGUGGAUGGAUCCUCAACUCCCACUUUCUCUCUGCAUCUAAAGUAUUCUCCAGAUAAGUAUAAAUACCACACAUAGGUAGCAUUCCCCUGUUUUAUGUUCUUUCACUACAUGUAAUCAAUGAGCAAUGAGUGGCAGGAAGAAAACCUUUACUCUGUAAAGAGUAAAAAAGGCCACCUCACCAAUGCAUUUUCCUUCAAAGAUCCACAGUGCCCUUUCUUCUGAGAAUUGAACCUACUUUCUUCUGAGAAUGCUCCAGGUGAACUUUUCUGAAUGUAAACCCACUGCCAAACAUUUUCUAGAGAUAAUGCAGCACAAACUAACUUUGUAGCCUUCUUUAGUAGAGAGACACGUAAAUGAGAAGUCAAUGAGGUUUGUUGCCAUGGAGACCCCAUCUAAUGGCUGGACUACAACUCCUCCCCUCUCUAAUUUAUCAAUAUGUUGGUUUUAAGGAUCAUGGUCUUUAAGAUUUUAUCCUCAUCGGUGAAUUGAAUGUAAGAAUCAGUACAUCUUUACUUCAUCACACAGGAUGGUUGCCCUCAUGUUCUUUGACGAUGUGAGAAGUUUUGUGUAGGAUGCCCCGGUACUGAUAUCAAUGGUAUCAAUCCGAUACUGACUCAAAUAGUUGGAUCAGGUAUUUGAAACCAUUAUAUUAAUUAAUAACAAUUAAUUACAUUCAUAUUCAUGUAUUUGUUCCAUUAUGUUUGACAAUGUUAGGAAGAUGUGUUUAAGUCAACCUGAUGUUCCUUUCACAUAAAAACAAUGAUCUGGCUCUCUUCCACA